AUGCAAAACCUGAAAUGGGUUUUGAAUCUCUUGUUUGUUUCUGCUCUUCUUCGCAAUCUCAUCCACUCGUCAUCACAAGUAAUCUGCUCAAGCCAAGACAGAGCAUCACUUCUGAGUUUCAAGUCAAGCAUCAUCGAGGACACAACUGGAGUCCUGUCUUCAUGGGUUGGCAAAGAUUGUUGCAAUGGAGACUGGGAAGGUGUUCAAUGCAAUCCGGCCACCGGAAAAGUCACCAACUUGGUCCUGCAAAGCUCCGAGAAGGAUCCUACUCUUUACAUGAAAGGCACAUUAUCACCUUCAUUGGGUAAUCUCGGAUCUCUCGAGGUUCUGUUCAUAACCGGAACCAAAUUCAUCACCGGCUCGAUCCCAAACAGCUUCUCUAAGCUAACUCGUCUCACACAGCUCGUGCUCGAUGACAAUUCUCUCAAAGGCAAUCUUCCUUCUGGUUUAGGCCAUCUUCCAUCGUUGGAAACUCUUUCUUUAGCUGGGAAUCGCUUCUCAGGUAUUGUCCCGGCGAGUUUGGGAAACUUGAGAAGCCUCUCUGCGAUGAGUCUGGCUCGAAACUCUCUCUCCGGUCCAAUCCCAGUGACUUUCAAGAACCUUGUCAAGCUUCAGACUCUUGAUCUCAGCUCCAAUUUGUUGUCCGGACCAAUCCCGGAUUUCGUUGGCCAAUUUCGGAAUCUAACCCGUCUUGGUCUCUCCAGCAACAGAUUCUCCGGAGGAUUACCAGUUUCUGUUUACAACUUGGGGAAGCUUCAGGACUUGUCGUUGGCGCGUAACGAUCUCACCGGACAACUCUCAGACCGAAUCAGCAAUUUGAAGUCUCUCACUACUCUUGACUUAAGCAGCAACAAGUUCAUUGGUCACAUACCAGCUUCCAUUACAAGACUGCAGAAUCUCUGGUCUCUCAAUCUCUCGAGAAACCAUUUCUCCGAUCCUCUCCCUGUUGUUGUAGGCAGAGGAUUUCCUUCUCUACUGUCCAUUGAUCUUUCCUACAACAACCUUAACCUUGGAGCAAUUCCAAGCUGGAUCAGAGACAAGCAGCUCUCAGAUAUCAACUUAGCUGGUUGCAAACUGAGAGGAACUUUUCCAAAGCUAACAAGACCACACGAAGUGACAUCGCUUGACUUGUCUGACAACUUCCUCACAGGUGAUGUUUCAGGUUUUUUAACCAACAUGACGAAUCUUCAGAGACUGAAGCUCUCAAAGAACCAGCUCAGGUUCGAUCUCUCCAAGCUAAAGUUGCCAGAAGGGGUCUCUUCUGUUGAUCUAAGCUCAAAUCUAGUGACAGGGUCGCUUUCAAGCCUGUUAAACAACAAGACAAGCAGCUUCUUGCAAGAGGUUGAUCUCACCAACAACCAAAUCUCGGGGAGGAUCCCUGAUUUAGGGGAAAGCUUGAAUCUGAAAGUACUCAACAUAGGGAGCAACAAAAUCGGUGGACAGAUCCCAAGUUCAAUAUCAAACCUUGUUGAACUUGUGAGACUUGACAUCUCAAGGAAUCACAUUACAGGAGUCAUACCUCAAGCUCUAGGACAGCUCUCGCAGCUCAAUUGGCUCGACCUCUCCAUCAAUGCACUUUCAGGAAGAAUCCCAGAUAGCUUACUCAACAUAAAGGCAGUGAGACAUGUGAGUUUCAGAGCCAACAGAUUGUGUGGACAGAUCCCACAAGGAAGACCAUUCAACAUCUUCCCUGCAGCUGCUUAUCUGCAUAACCUGUGCUUGUGUGGCAAGCCAUUACCACCUUGCAGGAAGACAAUGAAGUGA